UCUACUUGGACAUAGGAGUGAAAUAAUGAGCCCAAUGGGUACACGUUGUCCCACUAAGCGCGUGAAUAAUGAGAUGUGUUUUUCAGAAAAGGCAACAACCACGAACUAACCUCACUGAUUCUCAAGUCUCAGCCUCAAGUUUAGUUAGUUACUAUAGUCAGUAGUCUAUAGUCUGCUAGAGUGCGUGGUCUUCGUGUUCGAGACACUUGUCGAAUCAUUUCUCAAACCCUAGCACGAAACCAAGAGAAACGAAUGCCACAAAACCAAAUCUUGGUUAGAUGCUGCACACCCUGAGCUCGAUUUCUCAAUCCUCAAUCGCCCUCCCAUGGCCUAUCUACCGCUGGAGGUAAUAACCGACAUACUCGCUCGUCUUCCUGUCAAGUCCCUCCUCUGUCUAAGGUGCGUUUGCAAACCAUGGCGGUCCUUAAUCGACAGCCUGGAUUUCACUCAUUUUCAUAUUUUGAAAUCCGUAGAAACCAAAUCCAAUCUACGCCUAAUUCUCAGAAAGGGUUUUCAGCUCUUCACCGUCGACCUCGAUAAUCCAAACGAGGCCGUCGAGCUUCCUCACCCGUUAAUGUGUUACAGCAAUGAAAUCAAGAUAUUGGGUCUCUGCAACGGCUUGCUCUGUAUCUGUAAUGUGGCUGAGGAUAUAGCUCUUUGGAAUCCAUCAAUUAAAACUCAUCGGCUUUUGCCCUAUUUGACCGCGGAGCGUGUUCGUGACCCGGCUCUGUGUCUGCGUGGCCCGAGAGUUUAUGGGUUAGGUUACGACGCAGCUCUUGACGAUUAUAAGCUUGUGAGGGUUUCGCAGUAUAUUGGAUUGAAUAACCUGUCUUUUGAAUCUGAGGUGAAGAUAUAUAGUUUGAGAACGAAUGAAUGGAAGGGCAUUCAAGAUAUGCCUUAUGCACUUCGCUAUACCAAGAAGAUGGGUGUUCAUGUCAAUGGUUUCUUGCACUGGGUGGUGCUUCGGAAGCUAGAAAUGGACGAAAAUGAACUGGUUGUGGCUCUUGAUGUUGUGGGAGAGUGUUACAAGGAAGUACCUUUGCCCGAGUCAUUCAAGAAUUUGUUUCUUCUGGAUUUGGGGGUUUUAGAUGGAUGUCUCUGUAUUGUGGCUGUUCAUGAAGAUAUGGAUAUUGAGGUGUGGUUAAUGAAAAACUAUGGGGUCCAGGAAUCUUGGACGAAGCUGGUUAAUCUCAAGGCUUAUAAACUUGUUAGGCCUUUGACUUCUUCCAAAGAUGGCCAAGAUAUUCUGUUUGAAACUGACCACGAUAAGCUUUUUAUGUAUAAUUUGAAAAGUCAAAGAGUAAAAGAUGUUAAUAUUUGUGGUGUGCCAGACUCCUUUGAGGCAUUAGUUUGUGUCAGCAGCCUUGCUUCAGUCAAUCCUAGUAGAAGGGCUAAUGGCUUGAGCCAGGAAAUAGAGGACCGAUACAGAAUGAGGGAUAAUUUUCUUUCUGAGGGUUUCAAGUUGGUGCUUUAGAAAAAACCAGAAGAAGAAACUAAAUAAGAGGGGAGAUAAGGUAUUUUGUAGAGUCUUACUGUCACAAAAAAGAAAAAUAGAUCAUUGUUUCUUUUGACUUUUAAAGUUCAUGAUUAUUACUUUAAGCAUUCUAGUGCUCAUGGAGAUCUAUAAACUCAUUUUGACAACUCUGUUCAUGGCAGGGCUGAAUAACAAAGGAUAUUUGUGCUUGAGUGUUAAAGAGUGUUUACAGACAUGGACAUGGUGCAGAUGAAGUUCAAAUACACACAUUUCAUUUGUGCCUAAGAUCGUAUUUACAUACAGAGUGAAAGUACGUUUGUAACAUAUCAAAAAUUUAAUGUUGUAAUUUGCUUGUAAAUUAUGUCUCUGCACUCUAACCAUGUAUGAGUUUCUACUCAAAACUAACUCUACACAUUUUAUGUUUUCCUAUGUUAAGUUUGAUAAUGAUAUACCCACUUAAGAAUGUUAUAUUUCUUGGUGUUUUGCUUGAAGAAAAACAACUUGGUAAUGUAAUGGUGGGUUUCUUUCUCUUUCUA